AUGGAGCCAGCGGUGUUGGCUCCGCACCACCUUCCGCACCACGAACCCAUCAGCUUCGGCAUUGAUCAGAUCCUGAGCGGCCCCGAACCCCCGGGGGGCGGUCUAGGCCAGGGGCAGGCGGGCCAGAGCCACGGGGAGAGUGCGGCGUUCUCGGGUGGAUUCCACGGAGCCUCGGGCUACGCUCCAGCCGGCUCAUUGGCCCCCUUGCCCAGAGGCUCGGGAGUGGGCCCGGGCGGCGUGAUCCGCGUCCCCGCGCACCGCCCGCUGCCGGUGCCGCCGCCCUCGGGUGCGGCCCCCGCGGUGCCCGGACCCUCGGGUUUGGGCGGCGCUGGGGGCCUAGCGGGACUCACCUUUCCCUGGAUGGACAGCGGCCGCCGCUUUGCAAAGGACAGGCUCACGGCUGCGCUCUCGCCCUUCUCUGGGACACGUCGCAUAGGCCACCCCUAUCAAAACCGGACCCCCCCGAAGCGCAAGAAGCCGCGCACCUCCUUUUCCCGCUCGCAGGUGCUGGAGCUGGAGCGCCGCUUCCUGCGCCAGAAGUACCUGGCCUCGGCAGAGAGGGCGGCGCUGGCCAAGGCCCUGCGCAUGACGGACGCGCAGGUCAAGACCUGGUUCCAGAAUCGGCGCACCAAGUGGCGGCGCCAGACGGCGGAGGAGCGCGAGGCGGAGCGGCACCGCGCGGGCCGCCUGCUGCUGCACCUGCAGCAGGACGCGCUGCCCCGGCCACUGCGGCCGCCGCUGCCCCCGGACCCGCUCUGCCUGCACAACUCUUCGCUCUUCGCGCUGCAGAAUCUGCAGCCCUGGGCCGAGGACAACAAGGUGGCUUCGGUGUCCGGACUCGCCUCGGUGGUGUGAGCGACCCCUACCCGAGGAGCGCCACCGUGGCCGGCUGUGGUGCAGCCAGCGGCGCGUGCGGAGCCGGAAGACCUGCGACUGUCCUCUGACUCCCCUCGGCCACCAGCGGCCCCUGGUCCGCACUCAGACUCUGCCCUUCACGGCAUUUUCGGACCCGCUGGAACCUGGGUCUCCAGAGCAACCUGCAGGGUGUAGUGAAUGGGAAGGAUGCGGCAAGGCACUUGGCGAUUCUGCCCAGAGUGACCUCAGAGCUCAGGUCCCACUGGGAAGGGGCCACUGAGCUGGUGUGAAGGAAGAUAUCAAGGACAUGGGGUAACGGAAAAGUGUUG